AUGUCUCGAAGACAUGGACCCAUUCAGAUCCCACCCAUUGAUAAUAAAGUGCAAACUUUUUCCGACUCCGAUAUUUCAUUGCAAGGAAUGUCCAGUAUUUGGGGAAAGUCUGUAACUUUAAGGGACACUAAUAAUAGCGAACACAGGGCCUGUUCUAACGUAUUCACCACUGGAGUGGUUAAGACUGCUUUGGCCACAUUGACCGACACUAUUGCCGGAACUGUCCUCUUGAGGGAGAAUCAAAGGGGAGAGACAUUAAUAUUUACUAAUCUUUAUAAUACAGGCAACGAAUACAAGUCCGCCUCUAGAAAUGAAUGGAAAGUUUUGGUGACCGAUAUCUUUGACUCAAAACGCGAUCGAAAGUGUGAAUACUUGCAGACACUUUUGGACCCAAACAAUGUGGACGAUAGCCAGUGCUCGACAACUGACCACAAAAUGUGCAAAAUUGGAGACUUAACUCGAAAACACGGGAUGGCUGUCGUCGGCUCUAAUAACAAUCGAUACUCAAAGAAACUGUCAAUUGAUCUCAAUUUUCCGCUCUCAACACUUGAAUCCAGUCGUGGACUGUAUGUGACAUUAUAUGACAAGAGUAGUGCUAAGCGUGUGAUUGGAUGCGCAAAACUGGAACCAAUAGAGCCCAGAGAAGUGAAGGCCAUCUUCUCUAUGGAUGGGGUCAAGGGUUCCAUUCAUUUCAGUCAAAGUUAUCGAACUGAUCCAACUGUGGUCACCAUUAAGUUAUCUAAUUUGCGCGGAAGGGGGAAGUGGUAUCACAUCCACGAGCUUCCAUUACCCAUACACCAAACAAAUGAGGAUCAACUCUGUUCUGCUCAGUCUGUCGGAGGACAUCACAACCCAUUUGGGAUCGACUCGAAGUCGGGCCCGGCAACGGGUGUUGGCACUAGUGAUCAGUACGAAGUGGGAGACUUGAGUGGAAAAUAUGGGCCAUUGAGUGAAGAACAGGACGCCGACACAUUUUGGAGCGUUUUUGUUGACUUGAAUUUACCACUCUUUGGGAUCAAUAGUAUUGUCGGACGUUCUGUUGUCAUCCAUAGAGGCAGUGGUGAGCGUUGGAUCUGCGCUAACAUAGGAUAUCCCAGUGCAGUCACCACAGCUGUGGCCACAUUUUUCUACCCUAUCGUCGGGUAUGUCAUCUUUCGUCAGGAGAAGGACAACCCAUGGGCUGAGACGACUGUAUUGGCAGAAUUGAGUUACUCGGAUGGAAGUGUGAACACAACAGUAGGUCAUAAUUGGCACAUCCAUGUCAAUGAACACAAUAAAGACUUCUACAACUGGAGCAGAAGGUGUGAGAGCGCGGGCGACCAUUUCAAUCCUUUUAAUGUAGGGCUCGGCAGGACUUAUAGCAGUUUAUGCACUAAUGAAAACCAAUUUCGUUGUCAAGUCGGAGAUUUGACUUCAAAAUCAAAGAAACUAACGAUAGCUUCUCAUAAAGGGAGCGCCAAUAAUAAGUUGUUUUAUACGGACACUUUGCUACCACUGUCUGGACCCCAUUGGCACUCCAUAAUCGGUCGCUCUCUUGUAAUUCACGACGACUCGGCUCCACAGCAAAGGGGUGAUCGACUGGGAUGUGCUGUGGUUCGAGUGAUGCACUCUUUGACAGCUGCCGUUAGGAAUUGGAGGACCAGUUCCGGUAUUGUGUCCAACAUAUCGGGUUCAGUAGUGUUGCACCAGGAAAGCCCUUAUGAUGAGACAUCAAUUAAAUUAGAUUUACAUGGACUCAAUGGAUUUGCUUCUGGAUACCACAUCCACAAGGUAUGGGUUCCGAUAGACAAAGAAUUUCCCUGUUCUAGUGAUGCAGUCUAUGGCCAUUAUAAUCCGUUUGGUGUGGAUGUCUCUGUGGGACCUUUUCCUCAAAUUGGUUCAGUAGAUGAGUAUGAAGCGGGAGAUCUGAGUGGAAAGUUUGGUCUCCUUGAUGACAGACACCAUGAAAGACUUGAUUUAAUUGAUCUCAAUUUGGAUCUUCGGGGACAUAACACAGUGAUCGGCCGAUCGAUUGUCAUUCACAAAAAGGAGAAAAACUUUCGUUGGGUUUGUGGAACCAUUCGUUGUGAAGUGAAAAAAGAUAUGGCUCGGGAAGUGGUGGGGUUGGCCUCAUUCGACGAACCCAGACAUCUUAUAUCUGGUUAUAUUCGGUUUCGACAGUUUCAAUACUUUGAUGGCAGUCUUAGUGACACAUGGCUUGAUGUGGACCUUAAAUACCCGGGUCUUAAUAACCGUAACGUAACCUCAGGCCACAAUUGGGCCGUUUAUGUGAGUUCUGUGGGAGAGGAUGCGUUCAACCAAAUAGAUUCUGUCCGGUGUUUGGCUGCGGGCUAUCGUUGGAACCCUUAUCUUAGCAAAGAUGACGUCGACAUCUAUAAGAAAGACUGUAGUCCUUUGAAUCCACUUCGCUGUGCAAUGGGAGACCUGAGUGGUCGACACGGCUUUCUAUCGGUUGGCAGUGAACGCACUCUCAUAUCAGACCCAAAUUUGCCGCUCUCUGGCAACUAUUCAGUUAUGGGCCGAUCGCUCAUUAUAUUCAAAACCAAUGGAGAUGUCAUACCUUUGGGUUGCGCUAACAUUAAGCCUGACGUACAUCUCGUGAGUAAUGUUGCCGUUAGAAAAAACCCGGCCUUCACUGUCGCCAAAUUCAUGUCUCAUAUGAGAGCUCUUCUCAACACAACUGAUUGGUUAGUUGUACCUGAUAUUCACUACACCAAAGACAUUGCCAAUAAUGAAUGUGUUCAGUUAUCCGUCAACUUUUAUGGUGCAGAAGCCCAUAAACUUCAGGUUGAGUUCAGUAAUCUAAUCAAUUUGGGAACUGUUAAGCGACAAACACGAACCGGCAUUCAAUCCGUGUCAACCUUUUACAAGCCGUGCAAAACUUGUAAGAUUUUACCAUUUCUAUGA